AUGAAAUUUAUUGCCAGUAUUUUAUUAGUACUUGCAAUUGCCACAAUGGCAUUUGGUCAAGGAUCACCAUCACAAUGUACACACAAUGGUAUCAACUAUGGUGCCUUAUCAAAUGGAAGUUAUUCAGCUUUAAGUGCAGUAUCAGGUACAAAUCCUCAAGGUAAAUAUAGAUACUAUUGGAAUAUUUGUGGUGUAGCAACUCAAUGUAAAAAUGAUGCUGCAGCAGCUUGUCAAAUGCAAGUUGGUGGAACAAGUCCUCCAACACCUGUUGGUUUGAUUACUAUGGGCAGUUGGCAAACAGUUAGUAAUUUACCAAGUCUUCAAUAUACCACUAGCUCUAAAUGUUCAAGUGGUAACAUGAGAACAAUGGUAGUUUCAUUACAAUGUAGUCAAAAUGCCAACUCAAUUCAAGCAACUCUUGUCAAUGAAAAUAAAUGUAUUUAUUCUACAGUCAUGUCCGGUAAAGAUUUAUGUAGUGGUGGUAGUGGUAGUGGUGAUAACAAUAAUAGCGGUAGCAAUGGUGGUGAUCAACCAAAGAAAGGUGGUAUUGGUGGUGGUUGGAUUUUCAUUAUCAUUUUAUUAUCAGUUACUGUUGUUUACAUUGUUGGUGGUAUUAUUUUCAAUGCCAAAGUUAAACAUCAACACGGUUCAGAUAUGUUCCCAAAUAAAGAAAUGUGGGUUAAUUUUGGUGGUUUAAUUAAGGAUGGUGUUUUCUUCAUCAAAUCUAAAGUCACUGGUACCGGAGGUCAAGGUUACCAACAAGUUUAA